AUGUAUAAAUUUUUGACAUUAUGUAAAAACAAAGAAAUCUAAGGAAGUUUUUUGGUUUCUUAAGGUGGAGAAGCAGAUAUGAGAGGUGUAUACAUUGCAAUAUUGAUAUAGGAUAUUCUAAAUAUAAAAUCUCCCUCUUUAAUUGAUGGAUGUGCCGACUUUAUAGCUUCUUGCUAAACUUAUGAGGGAGGAAUUGCACCAGAACCUUUUGGAGAAGCUCAUAGUGGAUUAACUUAUUGUGGUUUUGCAGCUUUAAGAAUUUUAGGAUAGGAACAUAAAGUCAAUUUGAAUAGAUUAAUUUAUUGGGCUGGUUAAAAAUAAAUGCCUUUUGAAGGAGGUUUUUGUGGAAGAACUAAUAAAUUAGUUGAUAAUUGUUACUCAUUUUGGUAAGGAAGUAUUUUCAGGCUAAUUUCAUAAGCUACUAAUUAAGCAACUUCUUAUUAAAAUCAUUUGCUUUUUGAUCAUUUAAAACUCUAGGCUUAUAUUCUUCUAUGUCAAAAUGAAGAAGGAGGGUUGUUUGAUAAACCUGGGAAAUACCCUGAUAUAUAUCAUACUGCAUAUAGUUUGAGUGGACUUAGUAGUGCUUAAAGGACAUCAGAUGAAAAUGGAUACAUCCUUUUAGAUGGAAAUUCAGAUAAUUUAGUUGAAAAUAUUAAUAUUGUCUAUAAUAUUAAUUAAGUAAAGUUAAAUUUCGCUAAAAAUUACUUUAUUAAAAAGGGAUUAUUAAAUUUUAAAUGA